UUAUUUCAGAGGAAAAGCAGAGACUGUCACGAAACAACCCGGGUGAGUCAUGACCCCCGGGUGAACGGGAGGAAGCAACUAUCUUAAAAAGAAGACAUCAGAGUCUGCGGGUAAGCCUUGCCCAAGGUCGCGACAGGAGAAGGUGGCUUUGAAAACUCCUGGGACACCCAUGUGCGGGUGCUGGCUCUAUCCCACAGGAUAUUUUUGGAAAAACAGCGGGGAAGGCCUCACCUUGGGAGCAAGAAGCUGGAAAAUGAGGAUUUUCUUGGUUUGGACCCUUUUCCUCGUGAAAGCCACGAGCACAGGUGGCCAGGCGGUGACAGGCCCCAAGCAGGUGACAGUGGAGAAGGGCAGCUCCCUGGCAGUGUCCUGCAGCUACAAGCCACGCUUCGAGCUCAACUCCAAGUACUGGUGCCGCAAAAACUCCCUCCAGAUUUGCUUGACCUACAUCAUCCAAACGGAUGGCUYGGAGGUGACAGUGACGAGGGACAGGGUGUCCAUCAGGGACAACCACACGGCACACGCAUUCACGGUGACGCUGAGCCAUGUCACACUGAGAGAUGCAGGCCGGUACUCCUGUGGGGUGAGGAGCAAGGGGGGGAUCCACCGGUGGCACAGCACCCAAGUGAUGGUCUCUGCAGUUUUUUCAAAGACAACUAGGGGCAGCRGUUUUUCACACACAGCUGGGGACGUGAACACACAGCCCACCAACCCUCCGUGCCCCAGGGACUGUGGGGAGCCUCCAGCGAUGUCGCAGAUCAGUGUCAUCUACUUGCUGCUUCUCCUCAGCAUCAAGGUGCCCAUAGCGCUGGCCGUGGUUUGUGGGGCAGACUGGGUGAGGAGCCGGUGCAGGAGCCAUUGAAAUCCUGCAACUCCKGGGGAUGUCCAGCAGCACUGGGGCAUGGGGCUGCACAUUUGCCMAAAUCCCUCACAGGGGCCAAAGGGAAACCCUCCUGCCCUCCAUGCCCCUCGCCCUGCUGGACUGUGCCACCCAUCACGGCCACCCCAUGCCAGGAGUUGCUCAGCUCCUCGUGCUUCUCAUCCCUGGAAAACCUCGGCCACUCGUGGCAGCCUCUGUGCUGGAGAGAGAAGGGUUUGGGGUGCAGAGAGCCUGUGCCUGCUGAGCUGCAGCUGCCAGCUGAAGACAAUUUUGCAAUAAAGGCUGGGUAUCCUGCAGGUCCCUGUGUCUGCCUGUCUGUCUGUCCAU